GUCGCGAGCGAUCGGACGUGUGCAGAUGAAGUGAAGGAGGCGAUCUAUUAAUAGCGUCGCAGAUGACCCAAAAGCAUCUGCUAAACUUGAUCUAUUUUUGAGCGGCCGAUCUUGUGAUCUCUGUGGUGAGUGGCGCAGAGAAGAAGGGACAGUCAGUGCGCGCGUUCACCUUCAGUGACACCACAGGUCGUGUGAGAGGUGAAAGUUUGUGAUCUUCCCGCCGAAAUGGAUAGAAUUCUCACCACUUUCUUUGCAUUUCUACUUGUGGCCGCAGCCGCGGCGGUGCGAAUCAGCGAGCUGCGCGUGCCGGCGACGCAUGUGGUCGACGGCGAUCCGUUGCUGCUGGACUGCGUGUACGAUUUGGCGCCCGAGGAGACGAAGCUGGUGGUGAAGUGGCUGCUGAACGAGCAGGCGAUCUACCAGUGGAUCCCCGGCUCGCGGCCGUAUCCGCUCAACGUGAUGCGCAACCGGCUGGACGAGAAGUUCCUCACCGCCGGCGGACCGCAGGCCGAGCACCGGGCGCUGAUGGUGGUGUCGCCCACGUGGAACAUGACCGGCGAGUACACGUGCAUCGUGGACACGUUCCAGUCGCGCGCCAUCAAGUCCGCCAUGCUGCAGAUCGUCGUGCCGCCGGCCGCGCUGACGGUCAGGGAGAAGAAGGAGGCGGAAUCGAGCGGCGAAGAGGAGGUGGAAGUGACUUGCGAGGCCGAUGACGCGUAUCCGGAGCCCCAGCUGUCGCUGCAGUUCAGAAACGGUGAAACCAUCAGGAGAAUCUUCGGCAACGUUAAGCGGAACGACGAAGGAUUGUACGAUGUUUCCGUUGUUGGAAAAGUCUCCAGAGCGAAGCUUUCCUCGCCAACGCCAGUCGAUUGCGUCAUGACAAUGCCCGGUUCGGACUACACUAUGACAAGAUCCACAGUCGUCCUGGCCAGUCUCACCACAACGCCAGGCUUUGACGAUCUGGGCGGCGAGUUCAGGGAGGAAAACUACGACGACAGGAGUUUCCCAUCCUCAAGCACCAGUCUUAAGAUGUACAAUGUUCUGAUGGCCUUUAUUUGCUGUUUGUGUCUGUUGUUUUGAACAAUAAAGAGUACCUUUUCUUGAA